CGAUCCCCUGCAACAACGAUUGGGAGGAGACCGAAACCUAUCCACUCAAAACUCACCCCGAAUCCGGAUUAGCCCUAAGUAUGAACCGAGUCCUAACACCAAAAAAAUAAAAAAAAAUAAAUCAUUUACGGAGGCUGAGCUCCGGGAAAAAAGAAUAAAAAAAAAAAAAAAAAACACACACACUCAGGGGUCACAGCUUGAAAAAGGACUUGAGUCAACCAAAUCAACCCAACUGAGAAAUCCUCAGUCCGAUUCCCGGCGUCGAGAUUUGGACAUUUUCGAAACAAUUACAGCAUCAUGGAGGCUGAGCUCAAAGAGAUUCUUAGCGAUGUCGACGCUCUCAAACGAUCUUCUAUAGAUCCAUCUCUUCAUAAUUCGAUCGAUCAGUUGCGACUUCGAGUGGAGCAUCUUGCUAGCCUUGCAGAGUCAGCACCAGUCCAGCGUUCCAAAGUCAAGGAUAUGAGUGCAGAGGUUAUAGAUAGCAAUCCCUACAGUCGACUAAUGGCACUUCAGAGAAUGGGCAUCGUCGCUAAUUAUGAAAGAAUACGGGAAUUCUCAGUUGCAAUUGUUGGUAUAGGCGGAGUUGGAAGUGUUGCAGCUGAGAUGCUCACCAGAUGUGGCAUAGGUCGGCUUUUGCUUUAUGAUUAUGAUACAGUCGAAUUGGCUAAUAUGAACAGGCUGUUUUUCCGUCCUGAGCAGGUUGGUAUGACAAAGACUGAUGCUGCUGUCCAAACUCUAUCAGAUAUAAAUCCUGAUGUUGUACUUGAGAGCUAUACAAUGAACGUUACAACAGUGGAAGGCUUUGAUACUUUUAUGUCCAGUUUGAAAAAGAAAACAUUUCGCUCACAUAAAGAAGGUUGUGGGGUGGAUCUUGUUUUGAGUUGUGUAGACAAUUAUGAAGCCAGAAUGGUAGUCAAUCAGGCAUGCAAUGAAUUGAAUCAAACAUGGAUGGAGUCUGGUGUCUCUGAGGAUGCCGUCUCUGGUCAUAUACAAUUAUUAAUUCCAGGAGAAACAGCUUGUUUUGCAUGUGUUCCCCCCCUGGUAGUGGCGUCAGGAGUUGAUGAGCGUACACUUAAACGUGAAGGUGUCUGUGCUGCCUCUCUCCCAACUACAAUGGGGGUUGUUGCUGGACUUCUUGUUCAAAAUACACUUAAAUAUCUUCUGCAGUUUGGACAAGUUUCACGAUACCUGGGAUAUAAUGCUUUGAAAGACUACUUCCCAACUAUGGAGAUGAAACCAAACACACAAUGUUCAAAUAAUGCCUGCCUGGAGAGACAGGCAGAAUACAUGUUGGCAAAACCUGCCAGAGAUGCUGCUGCCAAAGCCAAGUUGGAGGCAGAAGCAUUAGUAGUCGAGGAAAUCCCACUUCAUGAUGAUAAUGAAUGGAAUAUCAGUGUUGGUGAUGAUAUCGAGCUUGAAGAAUCGGCAACACCAAGUACAGAUGUCCUUCCUGAGGGUCUUGUACACGAGCUCCCUGCUGCCGAUGAAUACAAACACGCAUCUUCAUUGGAGCAAGAUACUCAAGAUGCUAACUCAGCUGAUGACCUUGACGAGCUCCGGAGACAACUUGAGGCCCUUAAUGCAGUAUAGGAAGUCUAAAGUUAAAUACGGUCAUUACAAAAUAUGCUUAACCCUGUUUGUUAUGUACAAAGAUUUUUGGGCACAAUUUUGAUAAUAUUUGCUCUAUGUAGAUUGGUAACUGUGCACAGAUUUGUCUCAUAGACUUUAUGUCCUAAAUGGGGGCUGUUGUUUCACUGACCAUAGAGAACCUCAGAAGCUACUCAAUCUACAUAAAUUGGAUUA